CACAAGACAUAUAUAUAUACUCUAUUAGCCACAACACAACCAGGCUUAUAUUUAAUAGCCCACAAAUUAAUCCGCAUAACAAACACCUCCCCCCUCCUGUCCAUAUAACCCGCCAAUACAACUCAAACACCCGCACAACACACUCAAUCCCACAGCCCAAAGUAUCGUUCACUUCCGCAAAGUUCAUACAGCACAUAUAUUUCCCCAAAGUUACGUACGUGACAUGCACAUAGCGGCACGCACAGACGGGCAAGCGAUCAAAUGUUUGGAAGAAAGCUGCGUACUCACGGUAGCGCGUCUGCUAUCCAACUCAAAGUCCUCCUGGUUGUGUUGCUGUAGCCAGCCGCUAAAACACCGAUCCCACCUGCAGCUUUCUUCUUUGCUGUCAUCAUUGUCCAUUAAACAAAUUGCAAAAGAUUCACCAACACAGAUGUCCAGAAUACUGUGGAAUUUUGCGAUGAAAACAGUGCUGUUUGUAUUGGGACACAAUGGUGUCCCAAUACUUCCGCACAAUCCGUGACGUCACGCGCAAACGUCAUCAUACCGAGACGUUUUCAGCCGGAUAUUUCCCGAGAAAUUUAAAAUUGCACUUUAUAAGUUAACCCGGCCGUAUUGGCAUGUGUUGCAAUGUUCAGAUUUCAUCAUUGAUAUAUCAACUAUCAGACUGCGUGGUCAGUAGUUGUGGGUUUCAGUAGGCCUUUAACCAUGAACCUAAAUCAUAUAUGUUAUUGGGAUUUAUAGAAAUAUCGUGAUGGUUUACCUUACUGUACAUGUGACAUGAUGGACAUAUUGGUAAACUAAGCAUUAUUAUCACUGUAAAACAGAAGGUUAUAUAGGCCUACAUUAUAACAUAAUAACUAACAGAGCUCACAUAAUGAGGUGUUUACUCGUUAUAAAGCAGGGGUGUCAAACCAUAUACCACAGUCUCCUAUCUCCCAGAAAAAUUAUUAACUCCAGGGGUCCAACUUUCUUUCUCCAUAGUUUUAAUUAUAUUACAAUUACUAAGAAUCAGGGAUCUGCUGUGAUGUACAAUUCAUCUUACUAUUGGCAUUAUUUAGACCAGGAGUGUCAAACGUAAGGCCCGCGAACAGGUUUGAGUUUGCUAAGUAUAAAAAUGAGCCGAAAUUUUUGGAAUAAAAAAACCUGCUGUUCUAAAUUUGUCCACUAGAUGUCGCAAUAGCAAUUCUUUGUAUCUUUGUAGAUGAUGCUACAUAUGUAAAAAAAAAACCAAAAACCGCAUGAUGUUAGUGCACCAGAUAACAUCCUGUAAUUUCCAUCCCAUCCAUUUUCUACCGCUUGUCCCUUUCGGGGUCUCUGGGGGUGCUGGAGCCUAUCUCAAGUCGUCACUUCAUCGCAGGGCCAACACAGGUAGACAGACAUCAUUCACACUCACAUUCACACACUAGGGCCAAUUUAGUGUUGUCAAUCAACCUAUCCCCAGGUGCAUGUCUUUGGAGGUGGGAGGAAGCCAGAGUACCCUGAGGGAACCCACGCAGUCACGGAUCGAACCCAGGACCUUCGUAUUGUGCAUGUCUUUGGAGGUGGGAGGAAGCCGGAGUACUCAGAGGGAACCCACGCAGUCACGGGGAGAACAUGCAAAAUCCACGCAGAAAGACCCCGAGCCCGGGAAUGGAAUCCAGGACCAUUCUCGCCGUAUGCAGAAUAUAUGCAGAUGAUAAUAACACAAUAGGAAGAGGAGGAUAUGCAAAACAACGGCCGGUCCAGCAGUCUCUGGCCUCGUCCCUGUGCCGGGAGUCCCACUGGAAGUGCCUCCUCCUGACUCUCCUCAUGUAUGGCUGCUUCGCCACGCUCACCUGGUGCGCCCUGUGCCGCGUGCCCGUGCUAAGCUCCUCACCCGUGCGCGUGGCCGCCGGUGACAACGCCACCUCGGCGGCCUACUACAAUGACGUGCAGCGCUUGGAGAGUCCGUGCUCCAGCGGCUACCUCUACAUUCCGCUGGCUUUCCUGGCCAUGCUCUACGUGGUCUACCUGGUGGAGUGCUGGCACUGCUUCUCCAAGACAGCCAUGUUGGCUCACGCCGAGUUCCAGGAAGUGUACGAGCGUGUGCAGAGGCUCCAACAGGCCACACCCUGUAUUUGGUGGAAGGCCAUCAGCUACCAUUACGUGAGGAGGACCAGGCAGGUGACAAGAUACCGCAAUGGAGAUGCAUACACAACCACACAGGUCUACCACGAGCGUGUCAACACACACGCCUCCAGCUCAGAGUUUGACUAUGCUCGCUACGGCGUAAAAGAUGUGUCUAAGGAGCUGUUUGACCUCCAGCUGCACUCUGCUGUUCGCCUCCGCUUCACCAAGUGCUUCAGCUUCUCCAGUGCACGUGCUGAAGCAGCCUAUCUCACCCAGCGAGCUCGCUUCUUCGGUGAGAACGAGGGCCUGGACGACUACAUGGAGGCCAGGGAGGGCAUGCACCUGAAGAACGUGGAUUUCCGCGAACACAUCCUGGCGUUCCCGGAUCCCGCUCACCAGCCGUGGUUUUCCAGGCACAGAGUCUUCUGGCUGGCCUCCGCUUUCCUUCUGUCAUGGCCGCUGAGGGUGGUGUCUGAGUACCGCACGGCCUACGUGCACUACCACGUGGAAAAGCUGUUUGGUGAAGAUGAGGAUGUCAGUGGGGGAGGUGGGCCGGGAGGGGGCGGAAGAGGCAGCGGGGGAGAGGGUGGGACUGAAAACGGCAUCCAUCCGGGAGGAAUCAGAAUGGGUCCCAACGGGUCGAGCUAUAGAGCCAUCUCGCGAAUCAACACAGUGGACAUGACAGAACUAGAGUGGCACAUUCGCUGCAACCAGCAGAUGGUUCCCAGCUACUCUGAGGCUCUCCUCAUGGACUUGGACAGUAGCAGUGGGACAAACCCCACUGCUUCCACACCCAUCUCCGGGCCCCCAGGCACCACCCCCAACCUGGAGGGGAGCCGGCCUCCUUUGGCCCUGCCUGUGGUGUUCAACUCCACGUACCUCCUCCAGAGCUGCCCCCGAUGCCGGCGAACCACAUCUAGCUCCAGCCUGCCCUCUCGUCUGAGGGCACCCAUGGGAACCACCGCCCUGCUCAAUGCAACCGUGGCAGGCUUGAGGGUGACCGGGCACAGCGCAGGGGGGAUCGGAGGCAGGCUGGUUCUCAGUCGAAGCGGAUUCUCAUUGGGGAGGCUGAGCGGCGGGAGGCAGAACAGCCUGUUCCAUUCACGCAGCAUGGGGGGAGAGCUGGGAGGAAGUCGAGAGGAUGGAGCAGGAAGUGGAGGAGGGGGAGCAGGAUUCCUGGGCUUAGGCUCCAGGCAGGACAAUGAGGAGACCAGAGGUGUGCUGGAGGGAGAGGGGGAUGAGGAAGAGGAGCAUGAGGUGAUGGAGGCGGAGGAGAGGAGGCGGGAGGAUGCGGGGAGAAACAGGGAUGAAGAGGCGGAGCAGGAUGGAGGAGGAGGAGGAAGUAGGAGGGAGGGCGAGAGGGAACGUCCACCAUCUUACCAGGAUGCCUUCUUCUUCCCUGUCCUCAUCAUACACGGAGAUGAGAGCUGCCAUGCUGGAGACCGCCUCUGAACGUCUCAACUAUGACAAGAGACAAACCAUCAGUGGUCGGUCAUGCUGGAGGGACAAGAAAACAUCAAUCUAUGCAAGAGCAGGAGCAGGCGGAGAACCAGUCUAAGAACACAAAGACUAUUGGACAAAAGUACUGGGACACCUAGUCAAGGUCUUCCACUCUAAACUCAUCCAAGCAAGUAUUUAGGGACCUUGCUGAUGGAACAAACUGUUGUUGCACAAAGUUGGAAGCACAGAUUCAUUAAGAUGAAGAGGUGUGACCCAAGACUUUUAUCUAUGUCUUGUGGAAGGAGAAUUGGAUCAGCAGCUGACCACGAGCCAACACGGUGCCAACAAAGGAGGAGGAACAUCGAUUUGCUUGCCGUUUCCUCCUUGCUGACGCGGUCCUCUCCUUGCCAUUAGUGAUGCACUCACGCUCACACCGGUAUUAGUCAUGCGGCCCUGACAAAACAACAUAAAUGACGUCUUCACGGACAUUCAGUCGUAAACACAAUAAGUGAUGACAAGUGAUGGAACAUUUUAUUCACCAGAAAGUACCAUUUGAUUCAGAUUAAUAUUUCUAUUAGAAACAUGUUGAGGAGACUUUUCUCAGUAGCUUUUGCGCAAAACAAAACAACGCUAAAGAGCUGCUGAGGACGUCAGUAACUCCUCCUCCUCCUCCUGAAGGCAAGCGAUUGGCCAGAUAUUUAAAGACCUACUGAAAUUAGAUAUUCUUAUUUAAACGGGGAUAGCAGAUCCAUUCUAUGUGUCAUACUUGAUCAUUUCGCGAUAUUGCCAUAUUUUUGCUGAAAGGAUUUAGUAGAGAACAUCGACGAUAAAGUUCGCAACUUUUGGUCGCUGAUAAAAAAAGCCUUGCCUGUACCGAAAGUAGCGUGACGUCACAGGUUGUGGAGCUCCUCACAUCUGCACAUUGUUUUCAAUCAUAGACGCCAGCAGCGUGAGCGAUUCGGACCAAGAAAGCGACGAUUACCCCAUUAAUUUGAGCGAGGAUGAAAGAUUCGUGGAUGAGGAAAGUGAAAGUGAAGGAUUAGAGGGCAGUGGAAGCGAUUCAGAUAGGGAAGAUGCUGUGAGAGGCGGGUGGGACCUGAUAUUCAGCUGGGAAUGACUAAAACAGUAAAUAAACACAAGACAUAUAUAUACUCUAUUAGCCACAACACAACAAGGCUUAUAUUUAAUAUGCCACAAAUUAAUCGCGCAUAACAAACACCUCCCCCCUCCCGUCCAUGUAACUCGCCAAUACAACUCAAACACCCGCACAACACACUCAAUCCCACAGCCCAAAGUACCGUUCACCUCCGCAAAGUUCAUACAGCACAUAUAUUUCCCCAAAGUUACGUACGUGACAUGCACAUAGCGGCACGCACGGACGGGCAAGCGAUCAAAUGUUUGGAAGAAAGCUGCGUACUCACGGUAGCGCGUCUGCUAUCCAACUCAAAGUCCUCCUGGUUGUGUUACUGCAGCCAGCCGCUAAUACACCGAUCCCACCUACAGCUUUCUUCUUUGCAGUCUCCAUUGUUCAUUAAACAAAUUGCAAAAGAUUCACCAACACAGAUGUCCAGAAUACUGUGGAAUUUUGCGAUGAAAACAGAGCUGUUUGUAUUGGGACACAAUGGUGUCCCAAUACUUCCGCACAAUCUGUGACGUCACACGCAAACAUCAUCAUACCGAGACGUUUUCAGACAGAUAUUUCCCGGGAAAUUUAAAAUUGCACUUUAUAAGUUAACCCGGCCGUAUUGGCAUGUGUUGCAAUGUUAAGAUUUCAUCAUUGAUAUAUAAACUAUCAGACUGCGUGGUUGGUAGUAGUGGGUUUCAGUAGGCCUUUAAGAUGCACAAAAAAAGUGGCUCAUCAGGAGAAGUCCUUCAUAAUCCAUCAACUAAAAUUUAGACGUGGAAGAGUCUCACUAGAACUCAGGCUGGACUCUCUUAACCUGACUCUCGCCAGAUCCUUGUAGUUCGCUGAGCUCCACACAAGGAUAUGGGACUUCUCAAUAGGAGAUGUCUUUCCUUGUAAAAAAAAUAAUUGCAUGUGAUUGUAUAAACCAGUUUAACCGUCUUGAAUGACGUGCUACUUCAACCACUCACAUCGAAAUCAACCCGUGACGCUGAUGAGAGCGACGCUGGGAAAUCCAAAACAGAACAGCCGACAUAUUGGAUAACGACAGAGCGAAAAGUUAGAGAACUUUUACUGAAACAACGCAGCAAUGUCAGUAGACGAUCGAUGUCGCAAAACAGUUGCAAUAGCAGAAUCAAUGUCAGCACACAUUGUUGUUUGAAUCAAACAGUCGCUUCGGCGCUACGUCAUAUCUAUGAAAUCCCGCCCGGCGAUCCUGAUUGGUUCAUUAUUUUUUGCUAUCUUAAAGGAGUUUGCAUUACCCUCGAGCCCAGAUCCUCGUGUGGAGCUCAGCGAACUACAAGGAUCUGGCGAGAGUCAGGUUUGGACUCUCUGGCCUACUUCCUAAAAUUGGAUGAGGAUACACACCGAGGGAGCGGCAGAAGGUCCCAGUACAACAGCAGCAACACUUUCCAAAGCACACCUUGGAUGAACAUGUCUUGGCCUUCCUUCCUUGCACCUUUGAACAUGACACAGGCUCCUCAAGACGAUGAAAGCCUGGUUCUCCCCGUGCUCCACAAGUAUGGAAAGCACACACACACACACACACACACACAUUCUGUAUAGAAACUCUCAAAGACAUAUACAAUAGAGGACAUUUAUAGAAUUUUUUUGUAAUGCUGUUAAUCAUGACUCAGAUAGUCCUCAUAUGAGCAAAAUCAAGCACUAAAGCGCACUAAACACACAUUUGUGUCAUUCUAUGUUAUGAUUUGUUUGGAUUGUAACGAUGGGACGCACUUACAGUAUAUGUCAAUUGUGUGCUAUAGCCACUUGAAAGCUUGCAAAAGCUACAAAACAUGCAACAUUUCAGCUUUUGUGUUUGUUUGCAGUUUUGAGCGAUGUUUAUAAUGCCUUUAGUAGGCGUCACAAAUGUUUUUGCGUGUGUGUCAACCAACGGUUUGCUGGUGUGGCCGAAAAAAAAUAUAGAACACAAAGUAGGCCUUCACACAUGCACUGUCCAAUAAGCAUGGAAAUGUCCUCCAUACGUUGCCUUCGUGUCUGUCCACUCUUGUAUCUCAGGAUUUUAAGUUGAAAACUUUUUGCGACAUCUGCUUCAGUUGUUGACACGCUAAAGCAGGCCUGGGCAAUUAUUUUGACUCGGGGGCCACAUUUAGAGAAAAACAUGUGUCUGGUGGCCGGUAUAUCUAUUUUUAGGAACACUAAUUCAAAACCUCACAAUAAUUUCUAAUUGAAUGCUAAAAACGUUAUGACAGACCACCUUAAAAAACGUAAUGGAAUUUUUUCACUUUUCUAUGAAUGAUAAAACACUGAAUAUUGACAAAAUAUGAAUGUCACACCCCCUUUCAAUUGACAUAUUUUACAAUCAAGUGAAACGCGACAAAAAUGCAACAAACAGUGAAAUAUGAAGGGUACAAAAUAAACCCACCUACAAUCUGAUAUAUCUGAUACAUCACUAAGCUUUAGAACUUUGUUGGGAAAAUCUCCUUCCAAGUCUGUGGAAACGCUUCCCGCCCACACUGCUUGGUGCCUCGUCUGAGCUGCUGUGACAUAGAUUACCGUAGUAACUAAUUAGAUGAUCAUAGUAACUAAUUAGAUUACCAUAGUAACUGGUAUAUCAUCCAAAAGCACAGAUUACAACCAUUGAAAUACUUUGUAUAGUUCAAGACUUACGGUCAUUAGAAACAUCACUGCACAUCAUAAUGGCAGCUACAGUUUCCAUCUUAAAGAUCUAAAAAAAAUAUUUGGGAAUGUCCGGCGGGCCAGAUUGAAAAGCUCAACGGGCCGCAUGUGGCCCCGGGCCUUAAUUUGCCCAGGUCUGCGCUAAAGCCAAGUGUACACACUCACAUGCAUGAGCAUCUUCUAAAAAAAAACACACACACAUUGACAUGGGGACAAAUAACACAAAUAUUUGUUGAUGUGCACAAGCUGGCGACCAUGCAGUCCAGGUUGCCUCUUGCCCGAAGUGAGCUGGGAUAGGCUCCAGCUCACCCGGGAAAAGUAUGGUUGAAUGAAUAGCGCACAAGCUGAGUUAACCGUUUGGCCGCCAGAUGGCAGCAAAGCACUUUGUAGGGGAAGCCCACAGAGGGACAGGGUAGAAAGCAUCCAAACCAUCUGCUUAGAAGUGAUGAUGACUUAUUAACCAGGAUGCUGAUUAACAUAAACAUUUAGUGACAUAACUGCAGAAUAACUUAAAACUAAUAAUGUGCCUCGGUGUAUUGCUGGGCGACUUUCUGAAUGAACAGGCAAUAAGUGAAGACAAUUAGCCUCCAUUGACUAAAUAUAUUGCCUUUUCUGUGUGCUCAGUACAAGCUACCUUGUCUUUCAAAUGAAAAAAAAACCCCAUCUGCAGCUGAAGUAUUGUAAAAAAAAAAAAAAAAAAAAAAGGAAUAAAAA